AAGAGGGAAGCAUGAACUAUAGGGCACCCCUCAGGGAGAAACAAUAUCGUCCCUUCUCCCCUUGUGCAGGCAGAGCAAGGUCAUCAUCACGCAGGGGAGAUCACCACAGCCACUGGCCUAGCAAAUGUUUUCAUACUUUGCCAAAGGCUACAAGGCACAAACCCCUCAGGAGUCUCUGUCACAGGUUUGUCGUGAAAUCCUUUUCCGGUUCUUGAAGAAGAUAAACACCUUUCAAGGCAUUGCAAAAAUGAGCAAGAAUAUUAAAGAGCUAAGGGAAGCGCUGCAAAGGCAAACCCAAGAGACCUUGAAACUCCAAGAAGAAGCAACCAAGUUCUCAGUGGAAUCCAUCACGCGUCGAGAAGGGGCUUCCUCUCCUUGCAACCUCUUGGCAAGUUCAAGUGUUUCUGUUCCAUAUACAAGCAUCAGCCCAACUGUGCCAUCUUCCAAGCUCAGCACAGUGAUGGAGAGCCCCACUGGUUCUACUAUUGGUACUGCUGCUGGUGGCAGCCCUCCCAAAAUCUUGUUCUCUAAAUAUGAAUUGGACAUCGAGAGCCAGAAAAGAACCAUUAAUUAUCCAGGGAAAGGGAGAGAGUCUAUUGAGGCCAUCUUGGAAGAAUAUUCUCAGCAAGUCAGAGAUCUGCAAAAGAGGCUAAGUGAAACUACAGAGCAACAUGAGCAUCAGAAACUCAGUUUAAGACAGACAAUAAUUGAGCUGCAGACAAACCUUCGGGAGGUAGUCAGGGAGAAGGAGUCAGUUACUGAACUCAGACGAAAGGAGUCCCAAACCCAAGAGGAUGUCAACUGCAAACUGAAGGCUACAGUUCAUGAGCUGCAGACAGCCAAUCAGCUUCAGGAGGAGAUGCUGAAGGAAGCCAACAACCAAACGGAGCAUCUGAAAAAGAUGAUACAGGGCCAUGAAGAUGUGCUCCAGGAACUCCGUAAUGUCCUACUGGGCUAUGUAGAAAACUCGGGAAGGAAGAUCUUUGAGCAUGAGAGCAUCUCCAACCUCCACGUCUGCAAUCUGACCAGCGCUUUUAGUAAAGUCCUACGAGAUCUAGACACAGAAGUGUGCCGUCUCAAAGGGAGGGUUGCCCCUCUGGAAGAGCAACUGGAUGUGAUGAAGAAAGAAUCUCAAUCCAAAACUGAAUCUUUGCUUCAACAGCAGCAAGAGAGUAUUGAGAGACUGAUCAGUGAACAUGAACAGGAACUGGAUAUUCUGAGUGAAAAAGCUAACAGCUCUCGCAGCCAUGCAAGCAAUAUCCAAAGCCAGCUGGAGAUAAUUCAAGAACAAGCAAGAAACCAGAAUUCAUUGUACAUGCGACAGGUCAGUCAGUUGGAAAGCACCGUGUCUCAGCUGCGUUCUGAGCUGCGAGAAUCAAGGAGGAUGUCUCAGGACAAGAUAGAAGAUCUGGAGAAACAGCUGCAUUUGGUUCAUUCUGAGAUGGCUGAGGCUCAAAGUGAAAGGGAUCAGUACAGCCAGGAAACUGGAAACUUGGAUGAUCAGGUUCAGCGGCUGAUGGGCGAGCUACAUAAGAAAGAAAUGGAGUUGAAUCUUGAAAAAGAGCAGAAUAAGCGUCUCUGGGAUCGGGACACUGGGAGCAGCAUCACCAUUGACCACUUGCGGAGAGAACUGGACAACAAAAACAUGGAACUGCAGCGCAUGGAUUCUGUCGUGAAGUCCAUGAAAAUGGAGUGCCAGGGACAAAUGGAACGUCAGAUGUCUGCAAUUAAAGAAAAGAACGAAAGCAUAGAGAAGGUGGCCUCCAUGACUAGCCAGCAAGAGUCAACCAAAGAAAUGCUCCGCAAAGUCGUUGAGGAGCUGACGGAAAAGAAGGUGAGCUUGGAGUCCGCAGAGAGGCAAGUGGCAGAGCUGACGUCGUGCCUGCAAGAGAAGGAGAGGGUGAUCGAGGCAACCAACGAGGAGGUCCAGAAGCUCCGUGGGCGUGUGGAUGGGAAGCUGCAGGAGCUUCAGCAACUGAAGAGUGAAGGCAAUCAUCUGCGGAGCCUGCAGUCGGACUGCGAGUCCUUGAAGCUGCAGCUGACGGAGAAGGAGAAGGUGAUAGAGAUCCUGCGGAAGCAAGUUGACAACAUGACCCAGAUUGUAGGCCAGCAUGGUCGGGCGGCUGGGGCCAUGGAGAUGGAAAAAUCCCAGCUCUUGAAAGAAGUCAAUGACAAGAAACUGGAACUCCAUGAACUUAAGAUUUCACAGGACAAGAAAGACAUGCGGAUUCGUGAGCUGGAGGCCAUCCUGAGUGAGAUGGAACUGGAGAAGGUGAAACUGAUGAACACGAGCUCUGAGAGGCUCCGGGCACUGAAAGAGAUGAAAAUGGAAAGAGAAGAACUCGUGAACGAAAUAAAAAGCAGUCGCAUUGAGCUCGCUACGCUUGCAGAGGAAUCCGAUGGUGUAAAGAGCGACUACCGGGAAAAAAGUGAAGAGAUGGAAACUACUGUGAACAAACUGAGAGUACAGCUGAAAUCCGCUCACAUUGAACUGGAGCAAACCCGGGCCACUUUAAAGACUAUGGAGGGGUCCGAUGGCCACGCAAUGAAAGUUGCAAUGGGAAUGCAGAAGCAGAUCACAGCCAAGCGAGGACAGAUCGAUGCUUUGCAGAGCAAGAUUAAGUUCUUGGAGGAAGCAAUGACCAACGCAACUAAGGAGAAACAUUACCUGAAAGAAGAGAGAAAUAAAUUAAGCCAGGAAUUGAGCUGUAUGGCUUCUUUAAACAACAAGAUGGCAGGAGAGCUGGAGAUUCUUAAGUCACAAGAUAAACGCUUAAGAGAAAAACUUGCUACCAUGGAGGCAGCUCUGGAUAAAGCAUCUAUGCAGUUUGCAGAAUGUCAGUGCAUUAUGCAGCGGCAGGAGCAGGAAGUGAUGCGCUUCAAGCUUCAACACACUUUGGAUGUAAAAGAGCUGCAGGGGCCGGGAUAUCUGCUGGGCUGCUCUUCAGUGAAGCCGCGCCAUUCAUCCUUGCCUCACUCCCACUCAUCUAGCGCGCCGUCAUCCCAAGCCUUUGCCGGCCACAUCUCUCUUAUGCCGUCCAGGUCUAGCUGUGCUAAGGACGACCCGUUGCGAGAUUUAAAGCAACUUCUUCAAGAAUUGCGAUGUACCAUUGAUGAGAUCCCCUCUGCGAUUCUCCCCAGAAGAGAAAGUGACAGCGAGACUGACUCACUCAUGGAAGGCGCUACCAAUACAUUAGACCUUGCAAGCAGAGAAUGCAUUGGCAGGAGAUCACAUGAAACUUACAGCAGGGAAAUGGCAGUCAGAGACUUACCUUCAGAUGUCCCCAUGGGGCAAGACACUUUCAGCAGGGAACCUUUAACGUUACACACUAUGGACCUUGAAGAUCCAGAUGCUACCCUCCCCUUUGCGUCUAGCACUGUCUUCAGUUCCACUCCUCGUUAUACCUCUUCGAAGAAACUGUCCCCAGAGAGGUACAAAGAUAGGUCUCCCGUGCACUCACUGUUAACUGCUCCACUGGAUGACCUCAAGACAACUCCUGCAGCCUCUUUGGAAUGUCGGUCAAGCCUGAAGAAGAGCAGUUCCCCAGAAGCCACAACUUCAGCUGUCUGUAGAAGUAUCUCCUUUGGCCCCGCUUCUUCUAUUCAGACAGGAGAAGCCAGUGGAAGUGCAUGCAGGAAAUUACAGAAUAAGAUGGAGAGUCUGCAAAACCUAGUGGAAACAUUACAGCUGAAAAACCAAGCAAUGUCUACCAUGAUCAGAUGCCAGGAAAAGAAGAUUGAGAAGGCAAAGGAGAAGGAGAAGAAGCUGUCCAAAUGAAAGGUGGUACGGUUUUUAAUCACUCAGAUGUAUGUAGAUUGGAUUCUGUUAAAUGGAAUGCUAAAAGCCUACUGUUAAAUAAUAAAAGUUG